CAUCCUGACAUAAUACUUCUCUACCUGAGAAAACACAGACAGAAACUCACCUUCACAGAAAACUCAGAGAUCGAGAGGGCGAAAGACGGCCCUCUCGCUCUUCCCUUUUCAUAUUCAAUUUCCAUUUCCACCAAUAACAAGAAAAAAAAAUCAUAAAUUAUUAUUAACAAUUAACAAUCAUAAUCAUAUGAUUCUCUUUUGCUCUCCAAUUCAGUCCCUUUUCUUUGAUGCGAAGAUCGCACGCCCGCACUCGGUUCUAUUCUAAACCCAACAGCCAAAUGGAUCCCGUCAAGCUCCAGAUCCGACCUAACCAAAGAUCCUCUAAUCUCUUCUCUAAGACCAAGCCCUCCACAAGCUUCUUGUCUAUCUUCUUCUCUUCUGUUUUGAUCUUGAUCGCUCUUUCAUUCUGCUAUGUCUUCUUCAGCAAUGGGGAUUCUCUUGAUUCUGGUAACAGGUAUGGUAUUAUCAUCGACGGCGGCAGCACGGGCACCCGGAUUCACGUGUUCGCCUACCGAAUCGAGGGCGGUAAACCGGUUUUCGAUUUCGGGGAUGGGGCGAUGAGGGUGAAUCCGGGAUUGUCGGCGCAUGUGAACGAUCCGGAAGGGGCCGGUAGAUCCUUGGAGGAGCUCCUGGAGUUUGGAAAAGGGAGAGUGCCGAAAAAGCUUUGGGGAGAGACGGAGAUUCGGUUAAUGGCGACGGCUGGGAUGAGAUUACUCGAUUCUGAGGUUCAAGACAGAAUUCUGGAGUCGUGUAGAAAGGUUUUGAGAAAGUCCGGGUUCAAGUUCAGGGAUGACUGGGCCUCUGUUAUUACUGGCUCCGACGAGGGGGUAUAUGCUUGGGUUGUUGCCAACUAUGCAUUGGGUACGCUUGGAGGUGAUCCUCCUGAAACGACUGGGAUUAUUGAACUUGGUGGAGCUUCUGCUCAGGUAACUUUUGUUUCAAAUGAUCCAAUGCCUCCUGAGUUCUCACGCACUGUUAAGUUUGGGAAUAUUACUUACAGCAUCUACAGCCAUAGCUUUCUUCAUUUUGGCCAGAAUGCUGCAUUUGAAGCAUUGAGGGAAUCACUUGUCUCGGUGGACUAUCAACCAGCAUCGGAAUCACUUGAGAAAGGAAUAUUUGUAGAUCCCUGUAUUCCCAAGGGUUACUCACAUGCUAUGGAAUCUUGGAAGCUCUCUCCAGGUUCAAUGGAAAAGAAUAAAAUUCUAUCCAAUCUUCAUGCAAGGGGUAACUUCUCUGAGUGCAGAUCUGCUGCAUUAACACUGAUUCAGAAGGGAAAAGAGAAGUGCUCCUGUCAGCAGUGCUACAUAGGAUCAACAUUCACACCUAAGCUUCAGGGGAAGUUUCUGGCAACUGAGAAUUUCUUCUAUACAUCAAAGUUCUUUGGAUUGGGUCCAAGGGCAUUUCUUUCUGACCUGAUUGUGGCUGGAGAACACUUUUGCGGAGAAGAUUGGUCAACAUUGAAAAAGAAACACCAUUCAUUUGAUAGUGAUGAUCUGAUGCACUAUUGCUUCUCUUCAGCGUAUAUUGUGGCCCUACUUCAUGACAGUCUGGGAAUUGCAUUGGAUGAUGAAAGGAUUGGAUGUGCUAAUCAGAUUGGAAACAUCCCUCUUGACUGGGCAUUGGGAGCUUUCAUCUUGCAGAGCACUGCUGUAUUUGAGAUGCAGCACCCAGAUUGGAUUACCACUGUUAUUAAUGAUGACUCACCCACCCUUGUAUCACUCAUUGCCAUCGCCAUAUUAUUGAUGUUUGUGGCAUGGUCUGUGUCAAAGUGGAGAAAGCCCCAGCUAAAGACAGUUUAUGAUCUAGAGAAAGGGCGGUAUAUAGUUACUCGUGUUGGAAGAAGUUGAUAAGCAUAUUUCAAGGGGAUGGAUACUUCUUUCCAGGCUUUGCGGACUAGGAGGAAGCUCCAGUGCAAUUACAAUUAAACAUAUUAUGCUUCCUCCCGUUAUUUCCAAUUGCCAAAGUUCUCUCUCUUAAAGCUGCCCUUUUUCUUGGAAAGGUGAGGUUGUAGUUGUACCAUACUGGGUUUCAGAGGGUGUGGUGUAAGUAAUGAAAAGCAUAGGAUGGAAGAGUAGUUUCCCCUUUUGUAUCAAGGGGGAGAUGAAACCUCAGUUUCAUCACACACCAAAUGCAAUCUCAUUUAGGAUCAAAAACAACUCAGCCAUGUGGGUAACUAUCUCACACAUUUGUACGAAAAGAUUUAUUUAUUGUUACAUGCACACGAUUGUGCAAAUUUCUAAUUCCAAGUGCAUUUUUUAUUUUUAGUCUCCAUCUCUCUCUUACUUUUGUUGUUCAUUUGGUUCAGGAAAACUAUUUUUCAUUUUCAUAUUCCUUUUCUUAGUUUUGUGAAGAGUCUGAAUCUUUAUUAUUAUUAUUAUUAUUAUUAUUAUUUACGUAAAAUCAUGUUGCGUAUCAAUUGAGUCGACCUUGCUUGUUUGACAAAGCACACCCGUUUUUUUCAUAGAGAUUAGAGGAGCCUAUAAGAAUCUUCAAGCCUUGUAAUUUGUCUUUUUCAAAAAAAGUCUUUUCUCUCUGUUUCUUUCGUUUCUUAUUGCCAAACAAAUUGCAGAAUUUUAUUUGGGCAAUUUAUCUCACGAAGACAACGGAUGAAUAUUGUCUAUAAAUAUGAUAAAUAUUUCGUACAAUAUGAUAUUUGAGGGUAACUUGUCUUGGAUAAUAAACAUAUGAAUGCACUAUGUUACCUUAAAAUCAUUUCAAAUGAAUUUAUUUUUAAUGCUCAUAAACUAAUCCAAAAAAAUACUGUUAAUCAUAAAAUAUUAAAAUACAUGAAAUCCAAUGAUAAUGAUUUCAAAGCUAGCACAAAAUGUAAACCAUUAUAAUUGAUUAAUAUGUAAAUGAUACCUUAGCCUAAUAGUAAAAAUUUCAUCCAAAAUAAUUGGUUAGCCAUACCAUCACAUUUUCACAGAAUAAUAAAAGAGAUUUUUCCAAUGAAGAUAUACAUGUUCAUGGCAAAUCACCCAUCCAAUCGCUAAUAAAAAACGUCAUAGACUGUAAGAAAUAUGUUAGCCAGUAGUGUCUAAUUGUAGAAAACUUCAUUUGAAAAGUAUUACUAUUACAAGUCACAACUUAGAAAUUACCUAGAAAUUGUUGUAAGGAUUGAUAUUUCUCAAAACAGGACAGAUAAGUGUACAUUUUCUUCUGCACGCGAUCGAGACAAGUCUUUGAAAUGUCAUCCUUAAUAGAAAUAUAUCUAUGAAGCUAAGGUAAUUGCAUUAGGGUAUGAGGUGAUAAGGCAACCAAAAGAUGGCGAGACAUGCUCUUACUUUAGCAAACGGCCGUGGAGGUGAAGCUGCCGUAGGCCUUCUGCUACACUUCUCUCAACCCUUUCUCUUGCUUUGGAUGUUCGCUUUGUCUCUCUCAAUUAUAUCAGCUAUUGUUUUUGCCUGUGGUUCUGGUUCUGGUUCUGGCAAACCUCACAAGAGGAAGCAUGGUUAUGGUGGCGGUGUUGGUGGCGGAGGUGUUUGUGGAGGUGGCGGUUGUGGAGGCGGUGGUGGCGGUGGUGGUGGCGGUUGUGGUGGUGGCGGUGGUGGUGGCAGUUGUUAGGUUAAUACAAGUUAACUUGGAUACAUAUAGGCGUUGCUUCCCGUUCUUCGCGGUGCUUGCAGGUGAGAUUGAACAAGCUACUUCCUAUACAAGGAGAUAUUCUCAAAAAUAAGAGCCUAUUGUUGAAUUCGAUACAACCCCAGCUGCCAUUACAAGCUUUUUAUUUUGUAAUUUAAUUAGAUGUUGUUCUGUUCUUGUAUGUACGAUGUAUACUUUUAUGGAAACUUGAGAGUAAAAUUAAAAUUUAAUA